UCAAUGGAGUGGAGGAGAACAGAGUGUGCCUCUGUCCGGAUGAAUGGGCCGGACAGUUCUGCCAAAACCCAAAUUUCUGCAAGGCAACCAUUAUAGAUGGUUUGAAUUUCAACAAGACGGUCGUUGGCUGGUUUGCUUACUCGGCUCAGCGCUGUCCUAAAGGAACACCCAAUGAGGGCAUUCCCAAGGCGUCGGUGCAAUGUUUGGACAACAGUAGCUCGCCUGUCUUUGGUCCGGUGCAGAGGGUGAACUGUAGCCUGACUCUGAAUGACCUCCUGAAUCCCACUGGGAAUUCUAUGGAAGUUGCUACCAACGUACAGAUUCUGACCUCUCAACCCCAACAACUUACACCAGACAACAUCACCACCGCGGCAGAGAUCGUCACUCGGCUCCUGGGAUCCAACCCUGACGAGGGAGUUGCGGUUGCUGCAGUGGCCACUGUCAGCCAGCUUCUCAGUGCCAAUUUCACUGACGAGGGCUCCGUGGGCAGCAACGCUACAAACAGUCUAACAAACCAACUGGAGAACUUCUCCUUGCGUCAGAAGGGAAACAUGUCCCUGUUGGUACAGCCCAACCUGGUGGUACAGUCGGUAAGAGGGCUGGAAACGGACUCCAAAGGUGUGGAGUUUAUAGCACAGGCUGGAAUGUCUGGGCAAUUUGUGGCCCAAAGAAUUAGUGUCAACUCCAGUGCCACCCAGCUCAACGACAACGGCACAGUGCGUGCGGAUGUGCAGAUAUUCCUCGGUCUUCAGCCAGGUAAAAAGAAUGGACCAGUGGGUUUUGUGCUCUAUCAGAAUGACCAGUUUUUCCGGUCGGUGAACUUCCGUGCCCCCAGGGACACCACCAGGCGGGUGAUCUCCGCCUCUAUGGAAGACAGAGAGCUUGGUCUGGUAGAAAUGCGCUUCAAAGCCACAAGGCUGUCCGACGCCGUGCUCCAUGACUUCGCCUGCGUGUUCUGGAACUACACCGUGCAGGACUGGAGCACACAGGGAUGCUGGAAGGACAGGAAGUCCAACGGAGGUCUGGGCUGUACCUGCAACCACACCACUAACUUUGCAGUGCUGAUGUCUUUCAGGAAUAAGUAUCGCUACGCUGCUGAGCUGAGCUGGAUCAGCAUCCUGGGAUGUUCUCUGUCUAUCACUGGUGUCAGCAUAACCAUAAUAUUCCAUAUCCUCACCAGGAAGUCGCGUAAGGCCAACGCCACCCUGCUCUUGGUGAGCAUCUGUUCGUCCCUCCUGGCGGUCUACCUCCUCUUCCUGUUCGGGGUGAACAACGCAGCGCCCACCCCGGAAAAGGACAACGUGCUCCUCCUUUCUGACGAGCAUCCGGAGCGGGACCGCGGGGGUUGCACGGCCGUCACUGCUCUGCUGCAGUUCUUCCUGCUGGCCACCUUUACCUGGAACGCGCUCUACGCCACGCAGAUCUUCCUCAUGAUCCACCGUCCCCUCUUAAGGCGCGCCCGCCCGUUCACCAUCGCCGCCCUGGUGACUGGCUGGGGUCUCCCAGCAGUGAUUGUAGCUGUGACACUGGGAGUCACAUACAGACCUCAGCACCCCCUUGGCUAUCGGCAGGAGGAAUUCUGUUGGCUGGCUGCCCUGGACCGAGAGAAGAAAUGUGACUUGGAGAAGCCCAUGUUUUGGGGGUUCCUGCUUCCUGUGGCUCUGUUGUUGCUUUAUAAUAGUGUGAUUACUAUGUAUUUCAUGGUCGUGACCUGCAGGAAAGACCCAAAGUUAAAAAGCACAAGGGUAAAGUCACCCAUGAAGAAGGUACUGAGCAGUUUUUCUCUGAGUGUAAUAUUGGGGCUGUCCUGGAUCCUGGGGUAUCUGCUGAUGAUAGGCAAUGAGACCCAAAACUACAUCUUCAGCGUCGUGUUCUGCGUCUUUACCUCCACCCAGGGCCUACAGAUCUUCAUCCUCUUCACGGCCAGGACGUCCGCUUUCAAGAAGAUGGUUUCCAAGGUACUGCCCUCUAUCCCAACCCCUGAGAUCACCCUACACCACAAGAAAUUCCGCCUAUGGAGACACCUGAAGGACAGCUCCCCUGAGUCCUACAAGCCUACAGAGGACCAAUCUAGCAGUCAGUUCUGAACAGUGAGCUAAAUGGGAACACUUUACAAUAAGGUUCCAUGAAUUGGCAUGAAAUGUAUAGCGUUAUCUAACUACUACUGAGAAGCUGAUAUGUACAGCUCUGUUAAUGUAUUUGUACGUCAUUAAUUCAUGUUAAGAACUACAUUAGUUAGUGCCAAUUCAUUUUCAUGUUAAUGAAGUGGCCUUGUAUGGGAGCUUUACUGUCAUUAACAGAAGAAACCGACAGAAAUAUGACAGAUAAACCAGGGUAAUAAGAUAGUAAGCAUUAAGCUGCUCCCACAGGAGUGCUGUAUACACAAUUGGAAAGAAAGCUAUUCCAGUCCUUGAUAAUUACACACACCCAUUGCAUACUGUUCAUUCCCGGGGUUGCAUCAGGUCAUAGACUCAAAUAGCAACUAAGCAGGAAACCUGUUUGAGAAAUAAUUUAUGGGGCUGCCUGUUAAGACAGGGUUCCAGUGUGUUACCAAAUCCAGCCGGCCAGGGCCAGCUCUGUGACCAGAAACCCUGUGGGGCCAAACGUAAACAGCCCGAAGAUUAAGAGAGUCUUCCUCUGACUGAAUGGCUGUGAGCUUAACCCCCCUGUUGCCCUUGGGGUCAAAAUGACACUAUCCCUCGUUUAUCAGCGGGAAAACCCUCAGAAUUACAUUUGUUGAUGUUUCCUGGAGUGAUCCUACCAUUAGAAAAAGUUCACAAUGGCCCUUUUUCAUGUUUUUAUAUAAGUGGUAGACCAUCAGGGUACAAAGAUUGUCUUGUUUCAGUCUUUUUUUAACCCUGCAGUUAUGAAAUUGGAAGUUAUGCAAAGUUAAGCACCACACAUCUGUUACAGCAAAGAAAUCAAUCGCAAUGCGUACUUUGUAGUAAAAACGAGUGGUGUAUACUGAAGAAAUGGAUUGUAACGUGGGAAAACAGUUAUACAUCAAAUUAUUGAUGAAGGUUCUUAAAAUUUAGUGACUUUAUGAGACAUGGAGAACAUGUGACAUAUGAGGAUAACACAAGGGUUAAGUGGUGGACUAAAGCCGAAAAUAUGCAGUGACCUGACAUUACACACGUUUCUGACACACGACUUGUUAGGAGAAAUCAGGGUAAAAUUUUAAAAAAUGUUAAAUGCUAAAAUAAAUUUUUCAAAUUCCUUUUAUUACUUUUUUUAAAAGCUCAUACUCUUAGAUGACAAAUAGUUUUAGAUGAUCUCAUCGGGUGGUUGAUGCCAGCAGGAAUAUGUGUAUCUAUGUGUGCUUGAUGUUAUAUCUAUGUCGUGUUUGUUGAUAUAUUUAUAUAAGGUAUAUGAAUGCUCGAAUAUUGCAGUUCUUCGAG